GAUGGCUAGCAAACCAUCAUAAGAUUGAUCUUGGGAGAAAAAGAUUACGCCGAUCUAAAAGUACUCCUGUAGGGGAAUUUGCUCCGGUGGAAGUGAAUGAAAUAAAGAACGAUCAAUCACUUCCACGUUCUGAAUCGAUUUUGGACAAACUCCACCCCAGUAUUAGAAAAGUUACCGUUUACUUGGUUAUAUACUUGGGUAUUGGUACCAUUUGCUUUUAUUUUGUUAGAAACAAGAUCAAGGGGAAAAAGAUAGAUGGCAUACUUGAUUCAGUUUACUUUUGUGUUGUGACAAUGACCACGGUUGGAUAUGGGGAUCUGGUGCCUAACAGUGCAACUACUAAAUUGCUCGCCUGUGUUUUUGUGUUCUCCGGGAUGGCACUUGUGGGGUUGGUUCUAAGCAAAGCGGCAGACUACUUAGUGGAGAAGCAAGAAACGCUAUUAAUUAAAGCAUUGCAUAUGGGUCGUAGAAUUGGUCCAAGUGAAAUUUUGGAGGAGAUUGAAACAAAGAAAGUACGGUACAAGUGUUUCAUGGUAGCGGUUUUCCGUAUAGUGCUCAUAGUUGUUGGGACAGUUGUCUUGGCUAGAGUCGAAAAGUUUGAUACUGUAGAUACUUUUUAUUGUGUUUGUGCUACCAUCACAACAUUAGGAUACGGAGACAAAAGCUUUUCAUCCAAAGGAGGGCACUUCUAACUAAAGCCGAACAGCCGGCAUUGCAAGCAAAUAGAAAGCCCCUGCCCGUUUGAGCCGGAAAGCGUACCGGCUGUUUGAGUCGCGAAAGGGCCGCUUGCUUGAUAUUAUUCUUAAUAUUGUUUAUAUAAUAAUAAUAAAUAAUCUAUAAACAAAAAGAAAAAAGGAAAAUCUUUUUUUUUUUUCGAAAAUUCUUCAUUCCUGGAAGAGGAAGAAGCAGAUAGGACAAAGGCCUUCUCUUUCCGUCUUACUAUAUUUUGAAUUUUAACAAGCACACUUUGUUUGGGUCGAUUCUUCAUUUUAUGUUGCUGAAUGGAACACGAACAAGAGAUAGAAGGAGAUUGUGAAAUGGGUUCUUUCAAGAAGGAUGGCAAAUGCGGAUUUGGAGGAAGCUGAUCUAGAUGAUGACGGGGUCGCAGGGUAAGUUCAUUAACUUUAAAACAUGUACCUAUAAUUAGCUUGCAAAGACCCUUCUCGAUCCACUCGAUUUAGAGUAUUUACUCUAAUUUCAUACUCUCGCCUUGAUACUGUGGUAUAGCAAACUGCACUCUUUGUUUGUCAGCGUAAGUAAAAUCGACAGAACUAUUAAACUAGCAGCCAUCUUCACAAAAUUUUCCCUUUGUUGAGUUUAAAAUUUUAGCCUUUUUUUUUUUUUAGCCAAAAAUUAACCUCAAUGUUGGUCCCAAAUUAAAUUUUAAUUUAGGACAUAUUUUUAAAUAACUUUAAUCUCAGCCGUCGAUCAAAAUCCGAUCCAACGGCUGAUAUCAGAUCAGCAUUUCCUUACCUUUCAAA